AUGUCGUAUAACGAUAAUAAUAAUCAUUAUUACGACCCUAAUCAACAGGGCGGUAUGCCACCUCAUCAAGGAGGAGAAGGGUAUUACCAACAACAGUAUGAUGAUAUGGGUCAACAACCACACCAACAAGAUUAUUACGAUCCAAAUGCUCAAUAUCAACAACAACCAUAUGACAUGGAUGGAUAUCAAGACCAAGCCAACUAUGGUGGUCAACCAAUGAAUGCCCAGGGUUAUAAUGCUGACCCAGAAGCCUUUUCUGACUUUAGUUAUGGUGGUCAAACUCCUGGAACUCCUGGUUAUGAUCAAUACGGUACUCAAUACACCCCAUCUCAAAUGAGUUAUGGUGGUGAUCCAAGAUCUUCUGGUGCUUCAACACCAAUUUAUGGUGGUCAAGGUCAAGGUUACGAUCCAACUCAAUUCAAUAUGUCAUCGAACUUGCCAUAUCCAGCUUGGUCUGCUGAUCCUCAAGCUCCAAUUAAGAUUGAACACAUCGAAGAUAUUUUCAUUGAUUUGACUAAUAAAUUUGGUUUCCAAAGAGAUUCUAUGAGAAACAUGUUUGAUUACUUUAUGACAUUGUUGGACUCGAGAUCUUCCCGUAUGUCACCAGCUCAGGCCUUGUUGAGUUUACAUGCUGAUUAUAUUGGUGGUGACAAUGCCAAUUAUAGAAAAUGGUAUUUUUCUUCACAACAAGAUUUGGAUGAUUCCUUAGGUUUUGCUAAUAUGACUUUAGGUAAAAUUGGUAGAAAAGCCAGAAAAGCUUCCAAGAAAUCCAAAAAAGCUAGAAAAGCUGCUGAAGAACAUGGUCAAGAUGUCGAUGCUCUUGCUAAUGAAUUAGAAGGUGAUUAUUCAUUGGAAGCCGCUGAAAUCAGAUGGAAAGCCAAGAUGAACUCUUUGACUCCAGAAGAAAGAGUAAGAGACCUUGCUCUUUAUUUGUUGAUAUGGGGUGAAGCCAAUCAAGUUCGUUUUACUCCUGAAUGUUUGUGUUACAUUUACAAAUCUGCCACUGAUUAUUUAAAUUCUCCAUUGUGUCAACAAAGACAAGAACCAGUGCCUGAAGGUGAUUACUUGAACCGUGUGAUCACUCCACUUUACAGAUUCAUCAGAUCUCAAGUUUAUGAAAUUUAUGAUGGAAGAUUUGUCAAGCGUGAAAAAGACCACAACAAGGUCAUUGGUUAUGAUGAUGUCAAUCAAUUGUUUUGGUACCCAGAAGGUAUUUCCAGAAUUAUUUUUGAAGAUGGAACCAGAUUGGUUGAUAUCCCUCAAGAAGAACGUUUCUUGAAAUUAGGUGAAGUUGAAUGGAAGAAUGUUUUCUUCAAAACUUAUAAGGAAAUCAGAACCUGGUUGCAUUUCGUUACCAAUUUUAAUAGAAUCUGGAUUAUCCAUGGUACCAUCUACUGGAUGUACACUGCUUACAACUCCCCAACCUUGUAUACUAAACAUUAUGUCCAAACCAUAAAUCAACAACCACUUGCUUCGUCAAGAUGGGCUGCUUGUGCCAUUGGUGGUGUUCUUGCUUCAUUUAUUCAAAUUCUUGCCACACUUUUCGAAUGGAUUUUCGUGCCUAGAGAAUGGGCCGGUGCUCAACAUUUGAGUCGUCGUAUGCUAUUUUUGGUGUUAAUUUUCUUACUCAAUUUGGUUCCACCAGUUUAUACAUUCCAAAUUACCAAAUUGGUGAUUUAUUCGAAAUCGGCAUAUGCUGUGUCGAUUGUUGGAUUUUUCAUUGCUGUGGCCACUUUAGUAUUCUUUGCCGUCAUGCCAUUGGGUGGUUUAUUCACUUCAUACAUGAACAAGAGAUCAAGAAGAUAUAUUGCAUCACAAACAUUUACUGCCAACUACAUUAAAUUGAAAGGUUUAGAUAUGUGGAUGUCUUAUUUGUUAUGGUUUUUGGUUUUCCUUGCCAAAUUGGUUGAAUCUUAUUUCUUCUUGACAUUGUCUUUAAGAGAUCCUAUUAGAAACUUGUCGACCAUGACAAUGAGAUGUGUUGGUGAAGUUUGGUACAAAGAUAUUGUUUGUAGAAACCAAGCCAAGAUUGUCUUGGGGUUGAUGUAUCUUGUUGAUUUGUUAUUGUUCUUUUUGGAUACUUAUAUGUGGUACAUUAUUUGUAACUGUAUCUUCUCCAUUGGUCGUUCAUUCUAUUUGGGUAUUUCCAUUUUGACUCCUUGGAGAAACAUUUUCACCAGAUUGCCAAAGAGAAUUUAUUCCAAGAUUUUAGCUACCACGGAAAUGGAAAUCAAAUAUAAACCUAAAGUUUUGAUUUCACAAAUUUGGAAUGCCAUUGUUAUUUCCAUGUACAGAGAACAUUUGUUAGCCAUUGAUCACGUUCAAAAAUUAUUGUAUCAUCAAGUCCCAUCUGAAAUUGAAGGUAAGAGAACUUUGAGAGCUCCAACUUUCUUUGUUUCUCAAGAUGACAACAAUUUUGAAACGGAAUUUUUCCCAAGAAAUUCUGAAGCUGAAAGAAGAAUUUCAUUUUUCGCUCAAUCUUUGGCUACACCAAUGCCAGAACCAUUACCAGUUGAUAAUAUGCCAACUUUUACUGUUUUCACUCCUCAUUAUUCGGAAAAGAUUUUGUUAUCUUUGAGAGAAAUCAUUAGAGAAGAUGAUCAAUUCUCAAGAGUGACAUUAUUGGAAUAUUUGAAACAAUUACAUCCAGUUGAAUGGGAUUGUUUUGUUAAGGACACCAAGAUUUUGGCUGAAGAAACUGCUGCUUAUGAAAAUGGUGAUGAUUCUGAAAAAUUAUCUGAAGAUGGAUUGAAAUCCAAGAUUGAUGAUUUACCAUUCUAUUGUAUUGGUUUCAAGUCUGCCGCCCCUGAAUAUACUUUAAGAACAAGAAUUUGGGCUUCAUUGAGAUCCCAAACUUUGUACAGAACUGUAUCUGGGUUUAUGAAUUAUGCCAGAGCCAUUAAAUUGUUAUACAGAGUGGAAAACCCAGAAUUGGUUCAAUAUUUCGGUGGUGAUCCUGAAGGAUUAGAAUUAGCUUUAGAAAGAAUGGCCAGAAGAAAGUUUAGAUUUUUGGUUUCUAUGCAAAGAUUGUCUAAAUUCAAAGAUGAUGAAAUGGAAAAUGCUGAGUUCUUAUUGCGUGCUUACCCUGAUUUGCAAAUUGCUUACUUGGAUGAAGAACCGGCUUUGAAUGAGGACGAGGAACCAAGAGUAUACUCUGCCUUGAUUGAUGGUCAUUGUGAAAUGUUAGAAAAUGGUAGACGUCGUCCUAAAUUCAGAGUUCAAUUGUCUGGUAAUCCAAUUUUGGGUGAUGGUAAAUCUGAUAAUCAAAAUCAUGCGGUUAUUUUCCAUAGAGGUGAAUAUAUUCAAUUGAUUGAUGCUAAUCAAGAUAAUUAUUUGGAAGAAUGUUUGAAGAUUAGAUCAGUUUUGGCUGAAUUUGAAGAAAUGAAUGUUGAACAUGUUAAUCCAUAUGCACCAAAUUUGAAAUCUGAAGAUAAUAACACCAAGAAGGAUCCAGUGGCAUUUUUGGGUGCUAGAGAAUAUAUUUUCUCAGAAAAUUCUGGUGUUUUGGGUGAUGUUGCUGCUGGUAAAGAACAAACUUUUGGUACAUUGUUUGCAAGAACUUUGGCACAAAUUGGAGGUAAAUUGCAUUAUGGUCAUCCGGAUUUUUUGAAUGCUACAUUUAUGUUAACUAGAGGUGGUGUUUCUAAAGCACAAAAGGGUUUACAUUUGAAUGAAGAUAUUUAUGCUGGUAUGAAUGCCAUGAUGAGAGGUGGUAAAAUCAAGCAUUGUGAAUAUUAUCAAUGUGGUAAAGGUAGAGAUUUAGGUUUUGGAUCCAUUUUGAAUUUCACCACCAAGAUUGGUGCUGGUAUGGGAGAACAAAUGCUUUCAAGAGAAUAUUUCUAUUUGGGUACUCAACUUCCAUUGGAUAGAUUUUUGUCAUUUUACUAUGGUCAUCCAGGUUUCCAUAUUAAUAACUUGUUUAUUCAAUUGUCUUUACAAGUGUUUAUUUUGGUGUUGGCUAACUUGAAUUCAUUAGCUCAUGAAGCUAUCAUGUGUUCUUACAACAAAGAUGUCCCAGUUACUGAUGUUUUGUAUCCAUUUGGUUGUUACAAUAUUGCUCCUGCCGUUGAUUGGAUUAGACGUUAUACUUUGUCUAUUUUCAUUGUUUUCUUCAUUUCUUUCAUUCCAUUGGUUGUACAAGAAUUGAUUGAAAGAGGGGUAUGGAAAGCGUUCCAAAGAUUUGUUAGACAUUUUAUUUCCAUGUCACCAUUUUUCGAAGUUUUCGUUGCCCAAAUUUAUUCAUCAUCGGUUUUCACUGAUUUGACCGUUGGUGGUGCUAGAUAUAUUUCCACUGGUAGAGGUUUUGCCACUUCAAGAAUUCCAUUUUCAAUCUUGUAUUCACGUUUUGCUGAUUCAUCCAUUUAUAUGGGAGCAAGAUUGAUGUUGAUUUUAUUAUUUGGUACAGUUUCUCAUUGGCAAGCACCAUUAUUAUGGUUCUGGGCUUCAUUAUCGGCUUUAAUGUUCUCCCCAUUCAUUUUCAAUCCUCAUCAAUUUGCUUGGGAAGACUUUUUCCUUGAUUACAGAGAUUUCAUUAGAUGGUUAUCUAGAGGUAACACUAAAUGGCACAGAAACUCAUGGAUUGGUUAUGUUAGACUUUCUAGAUCACGUAUCACUGGUUUCAAACGUAAGUUGACUGGUGAUGUUUCUGAAAAAGCUGCUGGUGAUGCUUCAAGAGCUCAUAGAUCCAAUGUUUUGUUUGCUGAUUUCUUACCAACAUUGAUUUAUACUGCUGGUCUUUAUGUUGCUUAUACUUUUAUUAAUGCUCAAACUGGGGUUACUAGUUAUCCAUAUGAAAUCAAUGGAUCUACUGAUCCACAACCAGUUAAUUCUACUUUGAGACUUAUUAUUUGUGCUUUAGCUCCAGUUGUUAUUGAUAUGGGAUGCUUAGGUGUUUGUCUUGCCAUGGCAUGUUGUGCUGGUCCAAUGUUAGGAUUAUGUUGUAAAAAGACUGGUGCUGUUAUUGCUGGUGUUGCCCAUGGUGUUGCCGUCAUUGUUCAUAUUAUUUUCUUUAUUGUUAUGUGGGUCACUGAAGGUUUCAAUUUUGCCAGAUUAAUGUUGGGUAUUGCCACCAUGAUUUAUGUUCAAAGAUUAUUAUUCAAGUUUUUGACAUUAUGUUUCUUGACUAGAGAAUUUAAGAAUGAUAAAGCCAAUACUGCUUUCUGGACUGGUAAAUGGUAUAAUACUGGUAUGGGAUGGAUGGCUUUUACUCAACCAUCUCGUGAAUUUGUUGCUAAAAUCAUUGAAAUGUCGGAAUUUGCUGGUGAUUUCGUUUUGGCACAUAUUAUUUUAUUCUGUCAAUUACCAUUUUUGUUUAUUCCAUUAGUUGAUAGAUGGCAUUCAAUGAUGUUAUUCUGGUUGAAACCAUCAAGAUUAAUUAGACCACCAAUUUAUUCUUUGAAACAAGCCAGAUUAAGAAAGAGAAUGGUGAGAAAAUAUUGUGUUUUAUAUUUUGCCGUGUUGAUAUUAUUUAUUGUCAUUAUUGUUGCACCAGCGGUUGCUUCGGGACAAAUUCCUGUUGAUCAAUUUGCCAAUAUUGGUGGAUCUGGUUCUAUUGCUGAUGGAUUAUUCCAACCAAGAAAUGUCAGUAAUAAUGAUACUGGUAAUCAUAGACCAAAAACCUACACUUGGAGUUAUUUGAGUACUCGUUUUACUGGAACUACCACCCCUUAUUCUACAAAUCCAUUCAGAGUUUAA